CAUUCUGAUUUGAGGUACACAAUGUAGUCACAUAGUUACAAGUUUAAAACAUGCAGGCGCACUUUCACGGCCGAAAAUAGUAAACAAUUACUAUUAUAGAAGUUUUUAUGCUAAAUUAUUAUACUUAGUUGAGUUAGUGUUUUUUCUUUAAAUAUAUUAUAAUUUAACUUAAAUUCUAUAUAAUAUAUUAAACUGUUUACAAUUAAUUUACACUUCUCAUCAUCAUCAUCAUCAUGUGUUCGUUGUUGUGAUUGAACGGGUGAACGGGACUAUUGCAAGACGCAACAUACUUAUAAAUUGCAAAAAUAAAGUAACCUAAGAAGAUGGUUGGAAAAUAUUUGUCAAAACUUGAGAGUGGAAACUUCAUUGACGAACUAGUGAAUAAACCUACGCCCAAAUGUUCCUCUUUCUAUUGGAAUAAUUAUAACAAAUAUAAAGUAUUUAUCCCAACCAAGAAUCGCCUUAUGUAUUUCAACAUAGAAGAGUACAAGGCCCGUGACAAAAUCAAUACAAAGUUGGAACUUAAAGAGCAGUGGAGACUCGCAACAAAAAAUGUUUGCUUGGCAGUAGGUAAAAACGAAAUAGACAAGAAAGUUCGUCGUAAAAUUAAAGAACUACAAAUAUGUUUGUCGAACAAACGAAGACAACUUCGACUGAACAAUAAAAAAAAUGACCAAUUCUCCAUUCCUCUGAAAAGCUGCAAAUACUACGUACUACUAGUCUACGAUGUCAAAGACAUUGAGCAUGUUCAGGAUAAAGAUAGAUAUAAACAUGCAACAUUUUGUGAACGGAUCUGGCUUUCUGAUGACGAAGAUCAAGAGUUAAUCGAUUUGUUUGAUACCACAUUUGAAGUGAUUGCGAAACGUUUUUCAAAUGAUUCAAAACAUAAAGUUUUUUGUUAUAAUCGCGCAAUAUAUUAAUAAAAACUCUAAUAGUGCUAAUAAUACAAAGCAUUGUGGGGGGGAAGGGUACGCCUCUCAAAUAUACCCUAUAUAUUUUCUUGUAUUGAAAAUAUAUUCAAUAAAACAAAAGCAGUGUUUACUGUUGAAUUUUAUAAUUAUUUGAACAAACCGGUCUAUAAUUAUAAGUUAUAACUUUUAUUAUUUUUUCAACAUUAUAUAAUCAUGUGGUGUAGGAGUUAAAUUUUAACAAUUAUAUUCAUAUUAUAAUAUUAAGUUAAAAGUUUAUAUAGCGCGACUCUGUAAUCAUUAUUGUGAAUCGGAAGAUACUGAAUUUAUAUUUUAUUUAUAUUACAUACUUACUCAAAUGUUACUUACAUUUUAUAUAUUAUACAUACCUAAUACAAUUGCUUAAAAUAAAUUCGAAAUUACGCA